GAUCAUGUGGAUACGAUGCUUUUUCAUGUAGAUUUUCUUCAAUUUCAUGUUGCCUACCUCCAAUGUGAACGUUCGAGCCGAUCGACCAUCCACAAGCGCUGGCGCCGGCAUACUUUGCCCAGUGCUCCCAACACUCCUUCCAAAGUACCUUCAAGCUCCGUCCUACUCGCCUUUGCCUAGGCCAGCCCCUCUCCUGAGCAUCUUCCCCUCCUAUGGUAUGUCCCACGAAACUUAGCAUCGUCCCCGCCGUCUUUGACAAGCGACAAAAAGGGGCCAAUUUCCUAUAUGUCCGUGGGCCUUUCUCUUUUGGAAAGGGGGAAUCACCCCAGUCGACUUCUUCCCCGCCACGGUCCCUUCAGAAAGAAGUGACCUUGGCACCCUAACUUCCUAGAAGGGAAUGAGAGGGUGUGGCAUUGGCAGCUGAGAGAGGGCGAACGUACGAAGGGAGAAGAGGAGGGGGAGGAGGACAUGAGAAUGAGAAGUAUCAGUAUUCUGCUUCUUCAUCUGUCUCAGCCUUCUCAUGCUGUCUUUCUGCCCCCUUUGGGCGCUACUCACGGUUG